AUGAAGUACGCUCUCGCCGCGAGUAUCCUGUUGGGCAGUGCACUCGCUGCUCCUGGAUAUUGGGAGGGCCAGUGGGAAGGCAAGCCGGAAGGCAAGCGACCUUGCUCGCAGGCUGAAGUCGCCCUUGCUACUGGCAUCCACUUGAACAUCAACGGACAAUACGCAGAGUACAACGGCACCGAGAAGGUGGAGCAGGCUGAGCAGGCUCACCCAAGCGGACCCAAUGCGGACAUCUACAAGGCAAUCGGCAUGCUCCAAUCUGACGUGCAAGCUGGAAUGGUAUCUAUCCUGCAUUUAUGAGCCAGCGAGCUUGUCUGUUCUUGCUAACGAAGGACAGAACAUCCGCCUUUUCAACCAGCAAAUCGCUCCUCCAGGCAACCCAGCUAUUCCAGGUCUCGCCCAGUACGCUGCAGCCGAGGAAACAGAAAAAGCACAGGCAGGCAAUUUGACAGGCACUUACGCCAUCGACGAGCCUGUCUUCACUAUGCUCAAGCAGGAGAUCCUGAAAGGAAUCGCGCUCAAUGAAGCCAACUUGAAAGCGGUAAGUCUUGACACCAAAUCGAUAUUGUGGACAACAACAGGAGUCUGAUGCGAAGUCUAGGCUAUCAGCGAAUGCGACUUCACACUUGUCUUCCCUCCCGAGAAUGAGAUGGGGUCCUAA